AUGCCAAUAGCCUCGCAAAUCAGACGAGGUUUCUACGGUGUUACAACGAAAAAGCCGGUUCGGACGGCCGCCGCUUAUGUGAUAUCUUUGGUGGUCGGAAUUCUGUUGCUGAGGAGAUUGUCGCAGCGAGGUACGUCGAGUUUUCAGCGUAAAUUAUAAAUUUAAGUUGUGUUUAAUUUUACUCUUUUAUGCCCGUGGGAUGUAUCGUUUAUCGCGAAACCAAACUAACUUCGGUUUAUUGUUUUACCAUCGAGUAACUUUUUGUAGAUGUCUAGUGUUACAUAAUGGACAUCGAUACCGAAAAAAAAAAACAAAACAAAAACAGAACCCUCAUGCCGGCCGGUAGCUACCUAUUUUUUCCCAAACCCAUAGCUUUAAGUUUUAUCUGGAAUGGCUUUUCUGUCAAGGCAUUACUGAAAUUUGAAGCCGCCAUCAUAGUAUUACACAAAGGUAUAUUGAUGAAAGAAUUCGCGAUCACGAAAAAUGGGCCUUGGUAAAUUAUACUGAUUAUCUACCUAAAUCGUUCCCACCCUCGGUGAGGUGUUUCCCUACCCCGUUAAUUAUUUUCUUUUACUCUUUGUUGAUAAUGAUUUCGUUUUAUUUGAAUUCAAUUUCGGACAGAUUAAGAGGCAUUUAAAUUGCGACAGUUCUUUCAGAUAACAAUAUCCUGCUGUUGGCAAACCAACAGAUAUGUCACAAAUUUACGAAAACUGGCUUAUCCAACAGAUUUAUACUUUGAGUAAAAUUAUUUCCUUUCAAACAUUGAUCCGUUUUCCGCCCAAUACACAAAGCAAACAAUAGAUUUGUAAACUAACAACUGUGAUAUCUUGGGCUGAGAUGUAGUAAUAAUAUAACUUCGUAUUGCGUGACUCGGCACAUCACCUUGACUGUGUCACGCUUCUAAGUUAACACACGAAGAGCCUUACUGCUUACUAAAUCCCGAACAAUUAAGUAAAUCUGCAAAAUUUCGCAGGAAUAAAUUUAAAAUUCAAAAUUUAGUGUCACACCUCGUCAACUUUGAAAAGGGGGGAGGGGGGUCCCACAUUUUAGUAAUUUCGAAACGAAUUCCUGUUUUAUCUUUUGUCUACCUCAGUAGAUAAAAUUAUUUAUAUACUUUUGCUUAUUGUUGCUAAAUUUUUGGGGUUCAUAUUUUGAAUACUAAUUAUGAUUUUCGACGCCGCGUGACUCGUCGAUAGUUUUUUCGUCAGUGGUCACAUUUGACGUAGGAGCGCACAAAUAAAAUCAGACCUCUCUAAAUGUAGGAUUGCAGCCAGAAGCCUCAUGGCAGUCUGCAGUUGUAGAACGAUUAAUGAGCGAAAACAUCAAUAAGACAAGUGGAGAAUUGUUUUGGUCCGUGGAUUCUUUUUCCAUAUUCCUAACUUAUCUGGGACGAUGUCAUUAUUUAUCACGGGGGGGGGAACGGAGAGGGGGAUCAGUCGUCGCCAAAUGAGAAUAAGGGGCGGGACUGUAGCUAAUUGACUGCCAUUAUCAGGUAAAUUUUAUCGUGACAAAGCCAACACUCACCCCCCCCUUCCGUGCCUGGGGCCAUAUCAUUCUCUUACUCAGAGUACUUGUCCAAAUCAUAUACACGCUGAAGAAACUUAGCCAUGAAAAUAAAUUUCAUCGCUGCUAAAAAGUAAAGAUCUAGAAUUGUGGAAAGGAUUAGUUUUUUUUUCAGAACACAAAGAGGAGUUUUAAUAGAGAGGUGAACGAAGCUUAGGGUUAGCUCUAAAGGGGCCAAACUCAUUUGAUACUUUGUGUUUUUUUGUAAUUCUAUUCAUUUGGUGUCUUUUUAUUUAAGAUUACGAGGACACAAAUUCUAGUCUAACUACAGCUGCACAUGAGCACAAAACAGUAAGUACUUAACCUAACCGUCUCACAAAAAGACAUUGGAAAAGCCUUGAUCAACGAUUGGGUAAAUGCUACAACAUAAAUCAAAAUUCUGAAGUGUUUGACUAUUGUUACCCUCCUGAGGAGCAAAGACCUCUUAAAACUUGACUCACUGCCGAUGUCUGACUUGUUUUUUUGUUGGUAGAAGCACUUUUUUAAGGUGACAUUGGUUACAAUUAAAGUCCUGUUAGCGCCUAAAUUCCUCCCAAAAGUCAUUUAGUAGUUUCAUUAAUUGUCACUUGCUUGUAAAGAUGAGAACAUGACAAUCUUACCAGUAAGUCUUGCAUUGGUUCUCUUAGGAACUGAUCAUUAUUUAUCGACGGGGGGGUGGAGGGGAAAAGAAACCAGCCCCCCCCCCCCCCUCCGUUCCCCCUUAAAACGAUCUGAUCCCCCUACAAAGAACCUCCGAUUCUCCCCUUCCAGCCGAUAAAUAAUGACUGUCCUUAUUGAUCGGGAUUGAUUACUCCAAGUUUAUAGUUUAUUUAUUAGCAAUACUCCUCAGUUCCUCUCUCAGACAAAAAACUUCACAAAGACUAGCCACUAAGCUGAACACGAGUAUCGAAGCACCCCACCCCCCACGGAUUCAUAAGCCAGACGGUCGUGCUUUUUACGUCAACCUCGUUAUUAGGAUCUGCAUCACGUAGCUAGACAGAGGACGCACGUAAAGGAGAGGAACUUAGAAACAAAAAAAAAGGCGCAUUUUUAUCGUAAUCAAUGUAUUUAUGUUUCUUUUAAAAGUUAUACGCCAUAAGCCUUAAAGAUCUUCUCUGGAAUGCUUAGCUAUUUAAAAGGAAAGAUGCAUCCAAACACGACUGCCUUGAAUUGGUACAAGCCUCCCUCAAAAUUUUCUAAGUUUCAGUUUUGUGUAGCAAAUCACAGUUCAUUUCAUGUUACAGGUGAACCAAGACAAGAUCCAACAAGAUCGACUUGAACGGAUCCGAAAUUACUGCAAUGCAUCAAGAAACAACAAGAACAUCUUUCACAAACUUCCUAAUCGAAAUCAUUUUAACUUUGUCGUUAGUGAGAAGCACAAGUUUAUUAUCUGCUAUGUGCCAAAAACCGGCUGCAGCCAGUGGAAAGAUUUACUUCUGAACGUUCUUGCAGUUCGCCCGGUUACACCGAACCAUGACAUCUCUUUGUUUGAUUAUUCAAUCUUUAAAUUCUUGAACGAGUUUUCAGCAGAAGAAAGGAAGAAAAUGCUGGACUCUUAUCAGAAGUUCUACUUUGUUCGGGAGCCAUUUGAAAGAUUACUAUCGGCUUACCGGGAUAAAUUUGUUGGUAAAACGACUCACUUAUAUGAGACAGUUGCCCGGAAAAUAAUUCAGAAAGUUCGCGGUGUUGGUAGAGACAACGAGAACGGUGGAAGACCAACUUUAGCAGAAUUUACCACUUAUCUUAAUCAGUUACCAGACCCUUCCUCGUGGGAUAUGCACUGGCGCCCAGCCCACCAAACCUGCUACCCAUGCGCCGUUGAUUAUAACUAUGUAGGUUACUUUGACACCAUCAAGGAAGACGCUGAUUAUAUUUUAAAAAAGUUACAAUUGGAUAACCAGUUUCAAUUUCCAGCAUUUAGAUCUCACACUUCAGUGUUGCUGGAAAAACACUAUUCCCAGAUCCCACUGCACCAAAUUGUCAAACUCGCAGAUAUCUACCGGGAGGACUUCGAAAUGUUUGGUUUCAAGUACCCCGCUACCAUCAAAAAGCUCUUUAAGGACUGGGUAUGAGAUAUCGCAAAAUUGGAGAGGUUAGGGACCAGUCACUAUUUUUCGCCUGGAUUUGGGGGGGGGAGGGUAUUUCGCCAAUUAACUGCCAAUGGGAGGGGAGAAGCAUAAGAAUAUUACAGAGCCUCAAGGGGGAAUCAGAUAAAUUUUAUGGCGACACAAACGAAAUCCUCCGACCCACUCGUCCCCCGGUGACAAAUAAUGACAGGUCCCUCAGAUUAUAUCAAAGCAAAUUAACAAUAUAUAUUCCUUACAGAGGACAGAUAGGUUGGCGGCAUCUAUAGAAGAUGAAGUUAAAAGACUAAAUCUCUCAUUUCCUAGGGAACUCCGUCUUCCCACGUUAUACUUCUAAAACAAAACUGAUUUAAGACAUCAUAGAUCAAUUCAGAGAUACUAGGUCUCCUUCUCAGUUGUUAUUCGCUCUUAUUACGCAACGCUUUCAACAUGCUGGAUUCUUAUCAAAAAAAUUUUUCGGGAAUAGGAUCCUUUUUUUUUUCAGUUUAAAACGAUGGCAUGGGAAAUGAUUCGUAACCGCAGUGAUAGCAGAGGCAACGAAUAUUGUGAAAAACCAACGUUUGCAGAGCUAGUGUUAGAUAUAAACCCUACAUGGUUUUGCUUGAGUAAGAAGGACAUUCCAAGGACGAGCUUUGCUAUUGUAAAUGACUUGAAAAGGAGACUUAACGAGGACACGGAUAAUUUUCCUUGGCAAAAUGAACUCAACACCCCCUUUUUUCUCCUUUUCUUGCCAAUGUCCAUGGAAAACCUCAUUGAUGGUUGGAAUUUGUGAGCUUAGGGCUGGAUUUUGAUAAAAUCAAUAUUAAAAAAAAUUUGAAGACGGUGGGAAAAUGAAAUUGUUUGCCAGUGCGGG